GCUGUACGUGUUUAUUACGUUUGGAAAAUAAUUGUGGAUGAUUUCUCACAGUUUGAGUUAGCUAGCUAAUUAGUUAGCUCGCCAUUUAGCUAGCUAACACACACGCUAAAGUAACCGUUCAGCGAGCAUUAAUACUAAUACUAAUGCUAACUCAUUACGCUAAUGUAUUAUAAGUUUAUAUAUUAGUAUCAUGUGUAUGCCAGGACUACAGUUACACAUAAGUAAAUAGGUUGUUAGCUAAAUGAACCGGCAAGUGGAAAACUUCCACACAAGCUAACGUUAGCAUUAGCUUGUAGCUUGUUAGCUCAGCUGUCACAAACUUGCCGUAGUUGCUCGGCGGAUGCGGUGGGUUCUCUUGGCCGUCCUCCUCGUCCAGUUCCCCGAAGUCUUCGGCGUCGUUCUCUAUCCCCGCUAUCUCAUUCUCCUGCUGGGCCAGGAACUCAGCGGCCGGAUCCUCUUCCGUCGAGUGUGCUCCGUUGUCAGUCAUCUUUCACAAAAGUGUUUACAAGUUUUCCUAAGCUAAGUGUGUGUGUGUUAGCAGGGCAAACAAAGCCUAGUUAUAAUAGAGUAACGAUUUAGCGAUUGGACAAAUUGUAGAAUGAGAGGUUUAGUUACAGAACGAUGCCGGCGUGGGCAGCGUUGAAAUGUUGAAAUUGGCCUUUGAUAUUAGCUUCGACUUCACUGAUGAUUCAUGAUUUCACUUGGUUCAUCAAUGACGAUGGAAGCUGCCAGUCAACAAAGGGUACCAUUACUUCUUGUUAUUUGGCGCCCUCUGCUGGCUGCUAUGUUCAUUGCGCAUGACCUCGAGAAGGGUGUGUUUUAAACUACACAAUACUUUUUUUAAAUUAUAUUAUUUCUUUAGUAUAACAAUACAUACUCCAUGAGGUAAGUACAGAUCUAAUUUAAAUACAGUAGUGCUUUGAUUAUAUUUUUGCAGCAAAUUGAUGGAUAAAAUUCCUUUCAAACCAUACAUCAAGGUGAGAACUAGCUAUUCGAGUAUUUAUUUAGUACAAUUCAUCAGCUUGCAGUAAAAAUAUGAGGUGUUUUUGUGAGGUACACUAUUUCCAGGAUUUUGUGGGCCACAUAAAAUGAUGUGGCGGGCCAGUUCUGGCACCCGGGCCAUGAGUUCGACACCUGACCAACAAUGGCAUUUAACCAUUCAUUCAUUAAUUUUCUACCUCGGUCGCGAGGGUGCUGGAGCCUAUCCCAGCUGUCUUCGGGUGAGAGGCGGGGUACACCCUGGACUGGUGUCCAGCCAAUCACAAGGCACAUAUAGACAAACAACCAUUCACACUCACAUUCAUACAAUUUGGAAUGGCCAAUUAAGCUAGCAUGUUUUUUUUUGGAAUGUGGGAGGAAAACCGGAGUACCCGGAGAAAACCCACGCAUGCACGGGGAGAACAUGGGUGGAAUUGAACCCUGGUCUCCUAGCUGUGAGGUCUGCAUGCUAACCACUAGACUGCCGUGCCGCCGGCAUUUAACCAGACCUUGUCAUUUUGCCACCCACAUGACAACACCAUGAGACCAAGAUGGCAGCCAACCAUCAAUUCUAGGCUACCUCGCCACUGAGAGACACCAAACAGGAAGCGACCAUCAAGCUUUGAGUUUUGCAAAACAACAAUUAAUUCACUUGACACCAAAUACUGCUGUCCCUAAUAAGAUACUUAUUAACAAGUACAUAUUUUGUCCACUCUCUAUCACUGAUAGAUAUCACUCUGUUAAUUCACCGAGUUCCAUAACAAGUGGACCACCAGAGCCAGGGCCUCUUCCCGUUGGCAUCGCAUCCGGAGAUGUGGCUCGGCAUUGGGCCAUGUGACCUGUGACGUCUCGGUGUGCCAAUGGCGCUUCCACGGUGGCUUCCACACAUCCGCCUCAAGGAAGUCCGACAGUUGGCCUGUAUUGUACGGUGCUAUCCGGUAGUCUCCUGGUAUUGAACACGGGCGGAAACUCGAGGCUAUGAACGUGUACUCUGUAACUCUCAGCGGCCCAGCGCCGUGGGGCUUCAGGCUGCAGGGCGGCAAGGACUUCAGCAUGCCCCUCACCGUGUCAAGGUUGACCCCAGGCGGCAAGGCUGCACAGGCAGGUGUUGGGGUGGGCGACUGGGUGGUGUCCAUUGAUGACCUCAACUCAGAGGACAUGACUCACGUGGAGGCGCAAAACAAGAUCAGAGCGGCGUCGGACUCCCUCGCACUCACUCUUAACAGAGCUGUCAAAGCUGAUGGAGAGCAGAAGGACUCACAUGUGGCUUUUGUGCAGCCAAAGUACUCCUUUGCCCCCAGCGCCGCCAUUAACAAGAUGGCAAGGCCUUUCUCGACAGGGGGCGCUAGUGCCGGCUCAGGACCCGUCGUUAAACCUGUUGCCUACUCACCUAAACUUAACACGCCACGCUCCCAAAGCGGCGCCGGUGUGCGGCAACCACAGAAUGGCCUUGAGCCAAGUCCAUCACCUGCCAAGGCCCAGACAGCCAAUAAACCAGAUGGAUCCAAGACUGCAUCUGCCUCGGCUCCUUCCUCCCGACCCCCGUGGGUGACGGACCCAAGUUUUGCGGAUCGCUUCCACCCGGACAAGACGAGCACGGUGGUGACACGUCACCAGCAGCCAGUUCAGCCGACGCCCAUGGAGAACCGCAGCUCCAUCCUUCAGGCGGCGCAGCAGGCUCCCGAAGGCAGCGGGAGGACCCCCGUGUGCGGCGCCUGCAACAAAAUCAUCAGGGGUCGCUACCUGGUGGCCCUGGGACGUUCUUGGCACCCUGAAGAGUUCACGUGUUCACAGUGCAAGUCGGUCCUGGACGAAGGCGGCUUCUUCGAGGAGAGAGGUUCCGUCUUCUGCACCAAGUGCCACGAUAACCGCUACGCGCCGAACUGUGCAAAGUGCAAAAAGAAGAUCACUGGGGAAAUCAUGCACGCCCUGAAGAUGACCUACCACGUUCAGUGUUUCAAGUGUGCAGCCUGCAAGACUCCUAUUAGGAACCAAGCCUUCUACAUGGAGGAGGGAGAACCUUACUGCGAGAGAGAUUACGAGAAGAUGUUUGGCACCAAAUGUCACGGUUGCGACUUUAAGAUCGAUGCCGGGGAUCGCUUUCUGGAAGCUUUGGGCUACAGCUGGCACGAUACGUGCUUUGUCUGCGCUCUGUGUCAGAUCAACCUGGAGGGGAAGACUUUCUACUCCAAGAAGGAUAAGCCUCUCUGCAAAGGACAUGCCUUCGCCCCCGUGUGAGACAUGGAGCUCCACGGCAUCAAGAGGAGGGAAAAAAAAAAACCGCCUCCCUGCAUCCUGCUCUUUCCUCGGUGGGCCUGCAGCAGCAUCACUCCUUUUGCUCUUCUCCUCCUCCUCUGUCAGACACAGCCUGUUUUAGUUUGGAUGUUAGAAGCUUAACACUGCCGCGCAUGAUCUCCACAUCAUGACAUCGUUUACGUUACACGUGUCACACUAGACUCGUCCACUUUGAGGUCCACCCAGUGUGUUCGGUGUAGGCGCCAUUCAAGUCUCCAAUAAUCUGAUGUUGAACUUCCACUACAACAACAAAUCCUAAUGAUGCUUUGGUUUAAAGACAAUAUUCCAAAUUAUCCCAAAGUUAGUUUCGAAUAAAUAAACGUUUUAUAUUCCUUUUCUUAAUCUCAUCCUGCAUUUAUUCCUUUUUUUUUUUAAAUUUCCAGGCUCAUGUUGAAUAUGUAUUUAUAUUGCUUCAGAGUAUAUGUGUUUUUAAAUAACUGCUGGAAUUAUUGAAUAAAGUUAUCAUUAUUGAUGUGA